AUGAGUAGCAAUACAUUGAUAGAAGUUUUUGGUCACAUCGUGUAUAGUUUCACACGAGGCGUAACAGAGCAUUACAAUCCUGAAGAACCUGAAUUUACAGCGGAAUCCUUUGGCUACGAUCCAUUGGAAAGCACAGGUCGAGAAUGGUAUUAUCAUCCUGUAGACGAGUUUAUAUUUCAAGAAUACAGCGAUAGAACGGACACAGCUUUUUUUUAUCUUCCACCAUCAAGUCUUAAUGUGAGAUGUAUAGACGCGUGCGCACCAGAGGAAAAUGAAGAGACUUUAGGCGGCCAACAAGAUAAAGAUCAAUCAAUGGCUUGGAAGCAGCUCAGACCAUCUGCUUUUUUCACAGUGGGGAAAGCAAUGUAUAUUGGAGCACUGAUUUCACUGAUAACGUCUACCGUUGUAGGCUUUCUAUUCAUGUCCGUCAUUUAUCUGUCGUAUAAGACUGAACUCAGCUGUCAGUUUCACUCUAGAGAGUCAAUUCCAGUACAAGUUCAAUGGAUCAGUUCAAUAUCUGGUAUCCUCUCCUGUGCCUUUCUAUACAUGUGGUUCUUCGUAUGUAUGGUUUUGUUAUUUCGCCCAUUUCAGCUGAUCGGGGUGAAGAGAAAGCUUGUCCUAACAACUUUUCUAUUGUAUGGCUUAGACACACUUUAUCGUGUUGCUCUUCAAGCGUUACAAAUAAAUCUUUCAAAGGCUUUCACAAAGCAAAAGAUCCCUCCUUGUCUUUUAUUUCUUAUGAGCAUAUGCGUGCAAGUUUAUCUUUUAAUGAAGCAUUUUUUGAGUGGACGCUCGAGAAGACAACGGGCAACAUUUUUCUUUCAAAUGAUUCUACCGACCUGUUUUAGCGAUAUUCUUACUUUUCUCGCAGCUAAUUCUGUAUACCCAGUUUACGUCAAACAAAACAAAGAAGGUAAACUUCUGAUCGCUAUUUUCGCUCCGCUUGUUGGAGUUGUUCUGAAAGUAAUUUCAAGGAUUUCCGUUCAGCGGUUGUGGAAAUUUACACAUCCGGGAUAUUCCUAUGUGUUACUGACGCCGGUGUAUUUUGGCUCAGCUGUUCUGUUUCGAGUAUUGCAAGUCGACUUAGACAGUUUACAAUCCAUGGCUACUCUUGGAAUAAUUCACGGCGUUGCAGAAGUACUCGAAAGAAGCGUGAUGGUUAUCAUUGAUCACUUCUGCCACGUGGUUUGGAAAAGAAAAUCAGCUCCUUGGGGAAGUUUUCGCACUCCUCGCCGUGAGAGACUAAUGGCUGAUAUUGCCAUUAUGAGCAUGUUGUACGAGUCAAUUGGUAUCGUGUCUGUUAAUGGCGUUUUCUUCUUGUAUCAACUUGUUUACGUGGAAAACGAAUCCUUUGCAAAUUUGUUUAAAUCGUUUGCCAUCCAAACAUCAAUUUUACUCGUGAUUGAGUGGUUUUUCACCAGCGUAUCUCUUGCGUUAGAAACUCAUUAUCAGAACAUGGCUGUCAUGGCUGUUUGGCGGAAAAGAUGGAAAAGACAUAUACUUGUAGCAAUUGUUAAUGCAGUUCCCUUAGCAUUGUGGUCCAGCGGGUAUAUCAUAGAGAUUUUACACGGACGGUUCAGUGAAACUAACCAUCCUUGCAAAAUGCCGUUUUCUUGAGAGUGCGCAAUAGUUGCGGAAUGUUGACUAAAUCAGAGUUCCCUUCGUCUUUAAGUAAUAUUUGUGUCGAUUUGAUAACUACGAGCUCAAAUUGGGUGUAAA